UUCAGACACAAGUGGGUAGCGGGACCAACGGCAGCCACUAAGUAACAAUGAGAAGGGCUUACUGUAUGUUUGUGCGUUGUGGCAAAGCUAACCACAAAUAGUGGCACCUUAGAAGAUGUUUUAUAAGGGUCUCGGUGCAUGGAAGCUCACAAUGAGAUAGAUUUUUUUGGUUCUCUGCAAGACUCUUUGUUUUUAUAAGACACACACUUUUUUCUGGUUUUCCUAGGAAAUCAUGAUUCAUCAUUGGCGAUUUAGCAGCACCGUGGGAAAAAUAAAUCAACCAAACGGAAACACGAGAUGUGCAAUUUCAGAAAACAUUUUGUUUUGAGACAGAUAUCGGCAUGACAGUGUUACUGUUCCUGAGUGACAAAGGAGAUAAUUUUAGCUGUUUUCUCUGCUUACUCCAACUCUUGCUUUCUGAUUUGUUUCAAAAAUAACGAACGUGCCAUCUUCUGAGUCUGGUGCCUCUUCCGUUUUAUCCUCAGUACAACCCUUUGAGGUUCUGACGGAGGAGUAAAAUCUACGUAACAAUUGCUCGGCGUCCGGACACGCUCCAGAAGGCAGGAGGAGAAGGACCAUCGCCUGGCCAAGGUGCCCCCCCUCUCCACCGAAGGCAGGCAUGAUGGACCACCACCAUCUCCCUUUGGGGAGCAUCCAUGAUUUCUCUUCGAAAGAAGCCCAACAGCUGCUUCACAACAAAUUUGUGGUGGUCAUGGGCGAUUCCAUUUUCCGGUCGGUGUAUAAAGACCUGGUGUACAUCCUGCAAACCGAUGAGAUGCUCGGCCUUUCCCAGCUGAAAUAUAAGGGCGAGGAGACUUUUGCGGGCGAUCACCGGGUGGAAUUUAAUGGGCUAGGUAAUGGGUCCAAUUACCGCGAGGUGCGUCAGUACCGCACCGACCACCACCUUGUGCGCUUCUACUUCAUCACUCGUGUCUACUCCGCCUACAUGGAGAGCGUCCUGGAGGACUUCAAGAAAGGCUUGGAAACGGAACUGAUACCGGACGUCCUCGUCAUCGGUUCUUGUCUCUGGGACCUCAACAGAUACCAGGAUAAUUUCCCCAUGGAACCCCCGAUCCCCAAAGCUCUCAGGGAAUACCGGCAAAACCUGGAAAAGUUCUUUGAGAAGCUAAGUGACCUCUUACCCUCAAGUUGCCUCAUCAUCUGGACCACGGCGACGCCGUUAAGCCAAAACACCUAUGGAAGCAUCUUCAAGGGUGUCAAGAAGAACUCGACUCCUAAAGAUGUCAUUGAGGCAAACUUCUACAGCGCCUGCCUGGCAUCUUGCUAUAAGCUGGACAUCCUGGAUUUGCACUUUUCCUUCCGCUUUCUGGAGCAACACCACUGCAGAGAUGGUGUCCACUGGAACCAUUGGGUGCAUCGCUGCAUCACCAAACUCCUGCUGACCCACAUGGCUGAGGCCUGGGGGGUGGAACUUGAAAAGAGAGAGCUGGACCCCAGUGCCGCCCCCGUGCCUUCCCCGCCAGAAAACCCAGAACGCUGGCACUCGACGCCCGAGCAUCCCUGGGCCAGAGGCAUGCCUCGUCGCUGGUCCAGUCCUGGCCCCCCGCCUCUUUUCCGACAGAUCACCAGUGACAGAAACAGCACUUGGCCCACGGAGGUCCAUGGACAGGGGCCCCAGCGGAACGGCCUCGAUCUUGGCCAUGAAGCUCCUUGGUCGCAGGCCAACAGUUUGGAAGGGGAUGCCCCGCAGUCUGUGAGUUACAGCGGUGCGUCUUCUGAUAGAUUUGAAGAGCAGACCGAAACCCAGUUCCACUGGGAACGGACCAGUACCAUCGGUGACUCUUAUUUCCAGCAGGACGCCAGCUAUGGCAGUUGCGCGGUUGAGAGCUACAGAUAUGACCCAGGCCCUCAGCCCUACGGGGGCCAGAUGGGUCUCAGUAAUCAUCCUCCUUACCAACCCUGGGCUUUCUAUGGGCCUCUGGAUGGCUCUGGAUACCCACAGGGAUCUCACCCGGGAGAGGUGGGCUCCAGCGAUGGUCAUGCUUUCUGCGACAGGCCUGCUGAGGGAGGUGGAUGCGAGCAGAUGUUCAGCCAUGUGCCGUCCCAUCUGGGCAACGAUGGUUCUCUCCCAGGCAGCGAUGCGGAUGUCUCUUACUAUGGCCUUGACUAUCCCAUUUCCCUAAAUGCGACUUUCCCCCCCUACAACGGCUGGAAUGGCAACGGGCCGGUAGAUGGAGAGGAAAGCGGACAGGGAUGGUGGCCUCCCCCGGAUGAAAUCGGCCCCGACCUCUUCCCUCCACCCAGGCUCCCGAACGUCGAUGAACCGGCCGCCCCCUUUCGUAGGCCGCGCCGAAGAGCCCACAGCGCGCACUCCCUGCGUGGGAGGCGUGGGUCGAGUUCUCGCAGCAGACGACGUCAGAGGAGGCCCCAGAAUGCCAGCUGAGAUGCCUCCGAGAACGGCCUGCCCCAUCCAGGGGUGGCUCCCGUGGGAUCCGUUUUUGGAGUCCCGGACCCACUGGCCAAACUCCUUGGUGCACAGUUUGGGUUCCCAGGUCUGGACCCUUUUAACUGGAACCACAGAAGGCAUUUUUUUUUUGACAAGGUCUCCCUGGAGUUCAGCAAUUUCAGUGGUUUCCCUUUUUUUGAGUGCCAUGGCUGUGGACUACGGAGAAAAGCAGCCGCUCACUUGCCCAGUUCUGGGUUUUGUUCUUCACCCCACCCCCUUCGAUCUUGUCGAUGCAGAAGGUCUUCACAACCAAGGACGGGAAAACCUGCAGGGGUCUGAGCUGUGGCUUGUCUCUUGCUCUGACCGUAGAACCAUGAACCACUCGUGUUAUUUUUUCUGUCACCAUGACGCUGCACCGAACACAGUGGCCGCUGUAUAGUCUGCAGUGCCCAAGUCUGGAUUAGAGAAAUUGCCUGUAUUAGGUCAAAACCCACCGACACCAUGUUGUAUGCAAGCUUUUGAGAUCAUCCUAUCUCUUUUUAUCAGGCAGGGUGUUUUGAAAGCCAGAGUGGACCAAAGGGGAGGAUUUGAGGAGAAGUGCAGAGAGCAAUAAUGCAAAACAGAACUUGGCAUUAAACCUUUGUGGGCUAAAUCCCCUUGCUCUCCCCAAAUAGUACUAGAGCCACUGAAUCGGUGGAAUUUACAUGAAUAUUUUCUUCCUUUCUUUGCUGGCUCCAUCACUCAGGGGUGGAGGUCUCUGGUCACCGUUGAGCUGACGGUGUGUGAUGAUGAUGAUUUUCUACACCAAGUCUGUUCUAUUUGAAUGGAUCAUUAGGUUUUAACCCUUCUGUCUCCCCACUGUCAAAAAAAUUGUCCAAAGCAUUUCUGCACAUGUUGAAGGCCUCUGCCGCUCUUUCACAUAAUACCCGAAUAAGGAUUUUUAAUCCCCUAAUAAGGCUAGAUUUUUAAUUGAUGCUCUGGUGUUGGAUGAGCCUCUUUUCAUCACGACGGUCAUGGUCAUCCAGACCCACCAGGAAGGCACCGGAACAGUGUGCACAUUUAUCAACUUAGGUAUUGUUUGACCGAUCUAUGUAUAAUUCAAGUGGCAACUCUGUGCACUCUUCAUGCGUGAGUAAAACCCACAGGUCUAAAUGGGGCUUAUUUCUGGGUUAAGCAGGGUCAAGACGCUUGCCUUUUCAGACUUGAUGUUUAUCACUGAACACAGGACAUUUCUUUUAUAACUCACAGACUCUGACCGCUGUUUUUCCAGACCUUGAGGAUUCUUCUGUUCCUAAACGUGUACGUUCAAAUAUGGACCAACCUUUCUUUUGUGGUUCCUUGAUCCAAACUCAGAUCAUGGAAUAGGGUUAGUAAAAUACAUAUUUUAAUAAUCUGAAAUAGCCAUGAGAAGUAACAAAAUAGUGGGGAGACCGUUGCACCUUAAAGACAUGUUGUGCCUUGAAGAUUUGACUUUUUAUCGUCUGGUGGCAAUCCUGUGCAUUUUCAGCCUGGAUUAAUCUCCCUUUAAUUCAGUAUUGUUUACUCGAGAAGGCAUAGGUCCCGCUUGAGCUUAAGAACAAAAAAAGAGGAGGUUUUUGCAUUCACAUGCGGUUGAUACAAAGAAUUGUCCGGUCUUUGACGGUGGAGGUUGGUGCAAAGCCAUAAUGACUAGUAGUCGUGGAUGGCCCAGCCCGACCUCCCAUGAAUGUACCCCUUUUUAAAACGCUCUGCGGUAGCAGCCCUCAGGAAAUCUUGUGGUAGCAAAAAUUCCUUAAUUUAAAACUAUUUUUACCUGGCAUGGACAGCACCCUGGUUCUAAUGCUAGGAGAGAAAGACAAAAGCAUCCACAACGGGCAUCGUUUUAUGCACCUGUGCCAUGCCAUCCACCUUUGCUUCCCUUUUUUCACGAUCCUGGCAGGUGUAAUGGAAAACAGUUGCUUUUUGAAAGCCUGCUGAAUCCACGAGGAAUGUAAGAACCCCACACACACACACACACACAGACUUUCUGGACCUCUCUGAAAAGGAAAAACAGCCCUUCAGUGGCCAGAAUCCUGUUGGAAUUUUACUCGGAAGCAGAAUCGCACAAGUCCUGGUGACCAACUGCAGCGACCGGAUUAGGUUUGGGUGGUGUGAGUGGUGGCCCUUCUGGUCCUUUGACCGGCAGCUCCUUAAAUUAGCUGCAGUUGGCCUCAGUAAGUUCCCUGCUUUCACUUGUUACGGGGUGAAGUCCCCACACGAUUCUGGCCAGGAUCCUUUUCAUUGGUAUGUUACCGACUACCUGGAGGAGAGUCUUUUGAGAGUCCCCUGAAGUGCUGGGAGAACAAACCUAUCCAUUUUGAAGGAAAU